GUCAACGUGACAGGUCGUGACAAGUUUGACAACAGUGUUGGACUGACAGAUUGAGUUUUUGAUAAUUUAGUUUUUGUGCUGGUGGUUUAAUUAGUAAAAAAAAAUAGAAUAAACUUAGGUACUGUUAAAAUGGCAUCUCAAAAACUGUCUAUGGCUAUAAGGCAAUUUAGUACCUCAAAUGUAGCAAGCCAGCUAGUAAAACCUCCAGUACAGAUUUUCGGCAUCGACGGCCGUUAUGCCACAGCCUUAUAUUCAGCUGCCAGCAAACAAAAAUCUCUGGAUGCUGUCGAAAAGGAUCUGGUAAAGUUGCAGCAAAGUCUGAAAACCGAUGCCAAGUUCAAGGAAUUUAUCAUAAAUCCUACCAUCAAGAGAAACUUAAAAUCUGAUGCUCUGAAAGCAGUAGCUUCAAAGGUUUCAUUGAAACCUGAAUCUGCUAACUUACUUCAAGCUUUAGCUGAGAAUGGUCGUUUAAAAAACUUGGACGGUGUUAUCAACGCAUUUAAAACACUUAUGGCUGCACAUAGAGGAGAAGUUCAAUGUGAGGUGGUGACAGCUAAGGAAUUGGAUGCUGAUCAGAAACAAAAGCUGCAAGGUGUCUUAAAAGCCUUCCUGAAGUCUGGACAGUCCAUCCAAUUAACUACAAAGAUCGACCCUUCCAUUAUUGGAGGAAUGGUUGUUUCCAUCGGAGACAGAUAUGUAGACAUGUCUGUUGCCAGUAAAAUUAAGAAUUAUUCUGACAUUAUCAGCUCACCAGUUUAAAAAGAACAAUUGUUUUGUGUAAUUAUUAUUUGUACCAUAAUAGAAAUAAAAAUAAAUAGUUAAAAGUUUA